CCUCCCCGCUGUCCGCCUCGCAGGUUCCCGCUCCCCUUUUUCUGGGCUGGGAGGUAGGCGGGGCCGGCCGUGUCUCCAUGGCGACGUGGGACGCGGCAGUUGAUAUCCACCUGCUAGAGGAGCCGCGGCUGGGAUCCAGGCUGGGACGAGACUAUGUCGGACCUGGGUUCGGAGGAGUUGGAUGAGGAGGGAGAGAAUGAUAUUGGGGAAUAUGAGGGGGAUCGGAAUGAGGCAGGCGAAAGGCAUGGACAUGGGAGGGCACGGCUACCCAACGGGGACACCUACGAAGGGAGCUACGAAUUUGGUAAAAGACAUGGCCAGGGGAGCUACAGAUUUAAAAAUGGUGCUCGAUAUACCGGAGAAUAUGUUAGAAAUAAAAAGCACGGUCAAGGCACUUUUAUAUAUCCAGAUGGAUCCAGAUAUGAAGGAGAGUGGGCAAAUGACCAGAGGCACGGCUUUGGUGUAUACUACUACGUCAAUAACGACACCUACACCGGAGAGUGGUUUGCUCAUCAAAGGCAUGGGCAAGGCACCUAUUUCUACGCAGAGACGGGCAGUAAGUAUGUUGGCACCUGGGUGAACGGACAGCAGGAGGGCGCGGCCGAGCUCAUUCACCUGAACCACAGGUACCAGGGCAAGUUCUUGAACAAAAAUCCUGUCGGCCCUGGAAAGUAUGUAUUUGAUGUUGGGUGUGAACAACAUGGCGAAUAUCGUUUAGCAGACAUGGAAAGAGGAGAAGAGGAAGAGGAGGAAGAGCUAUUAGCAACAGUUGUUCCAAAAUGGAAAGCUACCAAGAUCACGGAAUUGGCCCUGUGGACACCAGCCCUCCCCAAGGAGCCAACCUCUACAGAUGGACCCGGCCAAGAGGGUCCAGGAGCUGAGGGUGCAGGAGAACCCGGGGAGGAGGCCCAGGCUCUGCUGGAGGGCUUCGAGGGUGAGAUGGAAAUGAGGCCUGGAGAUGAAGAUGCAGACGUCCUCAGAGAGGAGGGCCGGGAGUAUGACCAGGACGAGUUCCACUACGACAUGGAAGAGGGAAACAUCAAUUUUGAAGAAGAAGAAACUAGGCAAUCAGACCUCCAGGACUAAAAUGAAGUGAACUGAGAGGCACUCGUGUCAUAAGAAUGCUCUGUCAUCAGUGGCGUUGGGCUGCGCAUAUCCAGUCCCAGCUACUCGGGAGGCUGGGGCAGGAGGACGGCUUGAGCCCGGGAGGUUGCAGGUGCAGACAGUCGAGAUCAAGCCGCCGCACUCCUGCCUGGGCAACAGGGCGAGACCCUGUCUCAGAAAAUAAGCGAAAACAAAAUGCUUCUGUCGGUUGGCUAGUUAAUAAUCUUUAUUAGAGAAUUUUUAGUCUUUCUUUCUCAGCUGUGUGUUAAGUUGGUUUACAAUUGCAAACAAAUCUCUUUAUUAUCCUUUCUUUCUGAAA